GUAUUUGUGACGGUGUGUUGGGCGAGUGACGUCACCAGGCGUGGAGAGAGAAGGGGCGUGGCUCCGCUGAUGGUCGCUGUCCGUGGUUCUGAACUCGCGCACGCUGAGAGAGAGACGGUGAGAGGGAGAGAGUGCGCGCGAGAGAGUUCAGCAUCUCAGUCUUUUUCAUUUAAUCUGUUUCUUCCUCUUCACCCUGUCAGUGUCCCCCCCCUUCUCUCUCUCUCUGAGUGUGUGAGAGUGUGAGCGUCUCCGGCACCGGGACACGGCGGCGCGGUCGGUGGAGCAGGAUGGAGUCCCCGGUUCUGGUCUCUGUGCUCCGGCUUACACCGCUGCUGCUCCUGCUGCUGCUCCGCCUGAGCGCCGCGAGCCGCAAACACGGCUGUCUCUUUGAAGAUGAUCUAUGUGAGCUACAUGAAGUUUGCAUUAAUAAUGGGGUGUUUGGCCAAUGUCAGCGAUUUCCUGUUUCAGAGCUGUACACUUACGACGCAUCUCCAGCAGCACUGCAGCGUCUGAGGAACCUCCUUCAACAACUCACCCAGCAAGGUUAUACGUGGCAGGAUGACGCUACACAGCAGGUGAUAUCCAGAGAACUGCUAGCGUUGCCUAAGAUCCCCCUACGACGCCUCGGUAAAAACCUUCCAGCUUUCAAGUUACGGGCUCAGACUAACGAUGACGACAACAGGAAGUACCUACAGAAACUUGGAUUCUUACCUGCGGAGAUCACUUCCUCCAAACAAGGCCUUCAAGGAAAUUACAAAAGUAAAGGAGUGUCUGAUCUCAUGGAUUUGAUCAUGGAGUCUAACAAAAGGCCACCUCCACCACCAUCCACCUCCCUACUUCAGACUCGUCCAGGUCCUAAAAAAUCAUACUCAUGGACUAGACUCAAACCAGUAGACCAACCUGAACUCCUGGACCGAACCGGCCUCCUCUCUGAGCUGCAGCAGUACCUGACAGAACCAAAAGAACGACCUGCAGGUCCAUCUCAGGAAAAGCUCCAGUACUUCAGUCUUCAGCAUAGCCCUACGGCCAAAGCAGGGAACGUUCCAGGGGCUUCGAGGCGACCUCCUCGACCCAGAAUCGACAAACUGUUGUUUAGGUCAGGAGCGAAACAGCCAACACCCCAAGACUCCCUCAGCUCAGUGGAUGAGAAGUUUAUCCAAGGCUUGGUGAAGCAGCUCGGACAGCAGAACAUGGACACCCUGACUCUGAACGAUCUUGACCAGCUUUCUGAGGUCAUCACUCAGGCCCUGCAGGUGGUGGAUGAUGUGGAUGGGGUCAAAGAUCGUGAGGUCAUGGUUAAUGAUGAGGGUGAGAUGAAGAAGAAGCUUGAUCCAGAGGGACAGCUUGGGAAAAUGUCUGGAGAGGAGUUCAUGUCCAAAGAUGGAAAAACUAAAGAAAUCAGGCCAGAGUCGGAGGGAAAGGACAAAGUUUUAAUCAGUCAGCUCCUGGACUUCCUGGACAGGAACUCAAGCCCUGAGGCUGCAGAUCAUCCCCGGGAUGAAAAGUCCCUCCUGGGCUCCUUCAAUCACUCACAAACGCCUGCAGGUCUGAAAUCAGCUGGAGUGGAGAUUGUUCAGAGUCGAACCACUCAGACCAGCGUGGACUUAACGAAAAAGAAGAUGGAGCCAGACACGGUGGAUCUGCAGCCCGCAGGAGAUGCUGAGGUGGAGCACUGGCUUCAUGGUGAAAAAGCUGUGAAGGCAGAAGCUCAGAGGAAGGAGAGCAGUGCAGAGGAAGAGGAUGUGGAGAAGAAGUUCAGGGUGGACGUGACGGCAUACUCCACCCCUCAGCAUGAUGGAUACUUCGGCUACAUUGUCACACAGCACUCUCUUUCCACUGAUCAGGGUCUUAACCUGAUGGAAACGUUGGCUAAGAGAGCUAACCUGCGUGUGACCGACUUCCUCCAGCUCUCGGUUCUGGGUCCUGCAGUAACAUUCAGAGUGAAGCCCAAUGCUGGGAACAUCACCACAGCACUGCUGGCCCGAGUGGCAGUUGAUCAGAAAGGCCAGUUGGAGAAGGAGAGCGGUGUGAAGAUUUUGGAAGCUGGACUGAGUGAUGUAAGUCUGGAGAAACACUUCUCCCUUUAUCCUCCUCUUCCUCUGUCAGAUAUAAUGAUAUGCUGCCUUCCCAGCAUGCACCACUGCUCACUAGCAAAAUGAAAAAUAAACUUCCCUCACCCUCUAAAACA